AUGAAAGCCUUCGCUGCCCCUCGCACGAUAUGUCAGUCUUGCCGUCAGACUAGCACGCGACAAGCUGCUGCACCAUGGACCUCUCCAAGUCGUCUGUUCCAACAAUCUCGUCCCGUUUCAUCCACAUCUACACGCACAGGAGCCCACUCUAAGAGCACUCGGUCGACUGCUGCUUUGAAUCGGCAAUCACGCAGAUGGCUCGCAUCAUCUGCUGUCCCCAUCGAAGACACAUCCACCACGCCCACUGACCUUCCGCCAUCGGACAUCUCGCAACAAGACCUGGCCGAUUACAAUGCACGCGUCCAUAAAUUGGCCAAAACCAUCCUCGACCAUCCCGGUGUUCCUACAGAGGAUCAUCUUGUCAACGUCUUGACCGACUAUAACCUCAUGGCCCAAAGACUCGUCAAUACAAAACAUGGUCAGCAGAAGCGAACCACAACCCCACCCGAAAAGACUGCUACUUCUGCUCUACUCAGUAACCUUGACGCUCCUUCAAAGCCUUCCGUCACGAGGUUACGUCUCAUCGAGUCUCUGACCGCAAAGGCUUUCGACAUGCUCCUCUAUGGCCCUGUCUUCAUUACUCCCCGCAUCCUUCAACUCUACAUCGACCUGCAGUGUCUCUUGAAGCGUCCAGAGUCCUUCCCAGCCGUCUUCACCCUAUACCGUGAGAAGCCUGUACCGCGCCCAUCCAGCGAAGCAGGCCUCAUCGCAUAUGAUAAUCCCAACCCUGACAAGCCUGCCACUGCCGUACAGCCUGCCGUGGCUGACAUGGCCAUCGACGCUGCAAUUGCCAGUCGUGAUUUGGCUCUCGCUCUAGCUACUAUCGAGGCUACUUACUGCACAACGGCUUACAAACGCUCCAAGUUCCUGCGGAGUGCUCUCUUCCCUUUGACUGGCUUCUUGUGUGCCCCGCCUGCUGCCUAUACCCUCGCAACACGCUUCAGUGACUACCAGAACACCAUGGACCCCGCAAUGGCCACCAACAUCGCCAUGGCCGCCAUGAUGACAUACACUGUGUGUGUCGGUAGUAUCGGCUACGUUGCCCUGACCACUGCCAAUGACCAAAUGGUCAGAGUCACUUGGGCCCCCGGUGUGCCCUUAUGGGAACGCUGGGUACGUGAGGAAGAACGAGCCGCGCUUGACAAACUAUCCCAAGCUUGGGGUUUCGCGAGCACCGAAAAGUGGGGAGAGGAAGAGGGCGAAGAGUGGGACUUUCUCAAGGAGUUCUGUGGUUUGAGAGGAUUGAUGCUCGAUCGAGUCGAGCUGAUGGAUGGCAUGGAGUAA